AUGCCACAAACAAUAAGAUCUAUACUCGGCAAGUCUGGUCGAGUCACUAAGCCUUUCAAAUCUUCACCACCCUCUGGCAAAUGCUCAAACACAAUGCCACGAAGACCAGCACGCAAAUCAAAAGAUCAAGAAGCAGACCUUUUCCAAGAUAAACUCGAUGACAUAGGACUAUCAAAAGUACUGGAAGAAAAUCUCACACUCAGGGAUGUCGUUCAAGCAAUGCGAUACAUCCGAGCGCGGAUGUUCAGUCCCGUGCCGCCAACGGGUUUCAACUCGGCUAGGACGACAGAAGUGCUCAACUAUCGGGCCAGCACAGCUCCUCUUGUCACUGUAGGACAUCUCAAUGCGAUUCUGCGGUCUCCAGGAAAGGUGGAGCGAGAACUUGCAGAACUGGUGGCAAAGGGUGUAGUGCGAAGAGUGAGAGUUGAGAGGCGUGGAGGCGGAGGCGAAGCAUUGAUAGAGACGUCGGACUACGAGGACAUGCUCAAUAAGGCAUCCUUGAGUGAGGACACAAGAAACUCAUUCAAGGUUUUUCUGAAAGAGAACCCUACCACACAAGUAUUGUACAAGGAUACCUUGGAAGGCAGGCAAAUCGAUGAGCUCAUCCGAAUGGGCUUUCUGACAAGUUCUACGCCAUCAACGCCAGAAAGUACACUUGACAUCCGGCCCGAGGAUCGAACAACCCUGACCUCGAUUCAUCACGUUUCACGAUUUGCAUCUGGCACAGUAUCUGCUGUUGGAGGACGAAACGCAAUUCACCUCGCUGGCGGCGGUGGCGGCGCCCCGACACUUACACGAUCAUGUUCUACGCCAUCUGGUCACCGGAUCGCAGUACCAGGCCAUGGACGACAUCUCAAGAUAGCAACAGCUACUGUUAAUUGGGUACGAGAGGCCCUGCGGCGAACACGCUGGGGCGAAGGACCAGAAAGUUGGCUGAAGGAGCGGUUUGAGGGCGGCGGUUUGUAUGGGCCAAGGUGGAAAGAGUUCUGGGGAGUUGAAUGGUCGUGGGUUCUGGGAGAGGCAGUUGGGCUGGGAGUCGUGGAAGUGUUUGAGACAGGAAGCGUAGGAAGAGGAGUGAGAGCAUUGGGUGGUUGA